CAUUUAGACAGGUGUAUGUAAUGGCGUAUUUUUACUGAAUAUAUGAUUCUUUUGGGCGAAAACGAACAUACAAUAACUCCAUGAAAUGAGACUCCACAGCAUUCAUUGGCGGUGACAUACAUUGCAUGCAGCACCACGCCAUCAGAUCGGAAACACGUGUACAUGACAGCAUUGUGAUACAUUCAUUGAUUCAUACACUUUCCGAAACAGGAGUCCAAUUGAUCACAAAACGGUUCAUUAGGAAACAUUGCAAACAUGUACCAUAUGUUAUAUUCUGUCGUACACAAUACGUGAAUUACAGACGUACAUGUAGGUGUCAGAGCUCAUGUAUGUGCAUUCUAAAUUCAGGUGUGUGUCGGUAUCGUCAUUCUUCUUAUAUUGCAAGUUAAAAACAUGAGGCACGAUGGUGACAGCCACGACCUUGCACACAUACAUGCAGUUAAACACCUGCUACCAUUAUACCUCACACUACCCUUGACUAGCAGUUCUACCUUAACUGGAUCACAGCAAGCGUUGAGGACUCCCGUGGUCUCCCUUCCCCAGUGUCAGCUAAGACUUAAAAAUUGUUUUUACCCUCUCUGUUGGCUGUUUUGCAACCAUAAACACUUACUACUUGACAGUCAGGAAACGGUUACUAUGGGGAACAAGAUCUCUCAAAAGGAAACGGAAAAAUGUAAAUUUCAGAAGUUACGCCACAAAUUUACCGAGCAUCUGAUACAGUUGGAGCCUGCGUUGAAGGAAGAUGACUUACGGGAUGAGGUAGAUUCUGAUAAUACCCUUGAUAAGAUCGACCCUGGAAGAUAUGAUUUGCCUUUCGAAAACCUGGCGUUCGAAGGAGGUGGAAAUAAAGGACUUGCACAUGCCGGAGCUGUGAAGUAUCUGGAGGAAAUUGGAGCCUUGUCAAACAUCAUACGUCUGGCUGGAGCCAGCGCAGGGUCAUUGAUGGCUGUGCUAAUUGCCGUUGGAUGCCAGUCAAGAGAGCUACAAGUAUACAUGGAAGAGGAUUGGAGUUAUCUGAUGCGCGACGGGGGAUUUCUUGGUGGUUUACGAAACAUGGUCAAGAGGUUUGGCUGGCAUCCAGGAAACAGAGUGUACGACUGGCUUGGCGAAAUAUUACGGAAAAGGACAGGAUCUGAAGACAUCACAUUUGAGGAGGUACGGAAGAAAUAUGGCCGCGAGGUAUGUGUUGUUGUCACCAACCUGAACCUCAUGACUGCAGAAUACUGUCACCCCAAAACUACACCGGAUAUGCCAAUCAGAGUCGCAGUGCGCAUGUCGAUGUCAAUUCCCGGUCUAUUUACUCCCAUAGAGUAUUAUCAGCACGGAUCGGAGGACACGUUCAUUGACGGGGGAGUCCUCUGUAACUACCCAGUGCACUGUUUUGAUGGUUGGUUCCUGUCAAUGGACAAAUCUGACAACUUCAUCACACGUCUACAGCCACUGGAAGACCUGCCUAUAUUGUAUGAAAACAGGUUCCGCCCGACCAACAGCUUUAACAAAACACUUGGUUUUCUUCUUUACUCGGACGCUGAGAGAGAUUAUCUGAGGCCCAGUCUGGAAAGAAAGGUCGGGCCUGUCAAACCGGUCAAACCAAGCGUUGAAACGAAACUAUACAAGAAAUGGUUAGAACAACGAGAGGACAUGAUGAAAUCAAAAAGAAUUCACGAGAGGAUCACAGACGCGAUGAAUUCGUUCUUGAAGGUCAUUGACGAGUGCAAUAUGGAUAAGGGCAAAGUCAUUAACCGGGAGGAGUUGGAAAACGCCUUGAAACGUAAAUCGUUCACGAAAGACCAGGCUGACAUUCUGUUCGGGGAGGAUGCGAGUCCAGAGGAAGCGUUUCGUCUUCUGGACCAGGAUGGCACGGGGCAGAUUCAUUACAGUGAACUUGUGAGUUUCAUGGAAGACCUGGGCAUCAAUAUUCGGCACCGAUCGAUUGGCUUUAGAAGAAGCGUCGUCAACAGUAUACCCAGCUAUGUCAACAGCAUCUUAAAUACACUUCUCAUUAACGUCAAGAGGAUCACCACCAAGCCCAGUGACAUUGACAGAACUGUUGGCAUCAACACGGGACACGUGGACACGACAGACUUCGAAAUGGAGGAGGCAGACAAGGAGUUUUUGUCGAUGCGGGGAUACAACUCCUGCCGAGCCUUCUUGCAACAUUUCAUCGCUGAUAACAAUCUGCAACCCAAAGAGGACAAGGAUACGCCCGAGGACACAAAAGUGGCAAACAUGGCGGAUUAGAUACGCAGUGCAGGAACCUGCACAUCCACAGCUGGAAGAUUGUGUCCAAUGGAAAGUGAAGAAUGUGACCAUUUGAAGAUGCAUUUCACUCUGGUGAUGGUUCUGAGAUAUACUUAUAGCUGUCAGAAUAUGUUUUAUAUCAAGAAGUAUUAAUGAGUGUGUUUGGUCAAUUGAACAUGUCUACAGUGGAACUGUAAUGAUCAACACCGGAUCCCACCCCACCAUUAUUACUUCCCCGAACUAAUGAGUGAGUGAGUAUGGUUUUACGCCGCUUUUAGCAAUAUUCCAGCAAUAUCACGGCGGGGGACACCAGAAAUGGGCUUCACACAUUGUACCCAUGUCGGGAAUCGAACCCGGGCCUUCGGCGUGGCGAGCGAACGCUUUACCCACUAGGCUACCCGACCGCCCCCCGAACUAAUGAACUAAGUGGGUGGGACCUGAUUUGUUUAAGGGACUAAAUUACUAAUUGGUCAAUGAUAAUAAAGCAUACCGAUCUUUAGUCUUUUCGUUUGAUAAGUUCGGAACACGUGUUGUGAUUGACUUGGUUUUUAAAGCCGCUUUUAACAUUAUUCCAGUUAUAUCACGGUGUCAGCUUAAUGUGGGAGGAAAGUUCAAAAUGUUGCCAAUCUCGACGUUUACCACUUUGGGGACACCCACUCGCACGGGUGUAGUGCUGACAAUCCUUGAAACAUAAUCGGCACGAACGGGAAAUUCGAAUCCACAAGUCGCUACAUGGCUGAAAUAAUGCCGAUGCGACGUUAAAUUUUAACUCACUCACUGAUGACACCCACUGUUGAAUACCUGUGAAAAUCUGGGGUUAAAAUAGGUCUUCAGCAAUCCAUGCUUGCCGUAAAAGGCGACUAACGGGAUCGGGUGGUCAGGCUCGCGGACUUGGUUGAUGCUCAUGA